AUGGCCGAUGUUCGUAUCCCGCCUCAGCGUCAGCGAACCGUGGACCAGACACCCACACUCAUAGAGAAAGAGCAGGACAAGCUUUCUCUUCGACAGAAACUCCACACUAUCACCUCAUUGAUUCCCGUUCUGCUCGCCAUACUGGAAGAACAAGGAGUCUUAGUUCCCUAUCGCGUUAUGGGAAAGAACUACAAAGCCGCUGACGCCUUUCAUCGCCGACUAGGACUACAGAAGGAUAAUUUCACGCAAGGUAUUCAUGCUUUGGCCAUACUCCUGUCGAGAAGCAACGCUUCUGUGUCUGUGCGCGCAGAUGACUCCUCUAUGAGCAUGCCGCCCUCCGAUUCAGUUAUACUACUCGCAGCUACCGCUGUCUGUUUGCCGAAAUCUUUGCCUGCUUUUCCCGGGAGACAGUACAUUACAGUCACUCACUCCCAUGGCGCAGAGGCGAUAGGUGGCGUUGUGGGCCAGACAUUCUCGCCAGACCGAGCGUUGCUUCAGAUUCUGAAGAAUCCGUCAGAUCACAUCUACCGUAUCCGGACGAUGUCUGGCUUGAUGCAAAGCGAGCCAGAGUUCUUAGGUAGAGUACACCCCUCUGCCAUACGAGCAGCCUGGCUCGCACACCGCGACCGGCUUGACUCCAUCGAAGGCAUGGGGUUCAAGGCAUUGCACCCGCCCAUCAUCGGCGCCUCCGAAUCGGCCUGCUUUUCCAUCCUUGCGCGAUACCUCCGCGUCUCUCGACCAAACUUUUUCGGUGAUCCUGCGGCAACUUCUGGAGACCGCGUUGUCAGCCAAGCAAAGAAAACAGCAUCCUCCUAG